AUGGAAUUGCUCUACUCUUCUUUUGGGUCGGAGUCUGAUUCAGUUUUGGAGUCUCGCCGUUCUGAAGCCCAGCCACGGGUGACUUAACUGUAGAGCUUGCAGCACCUUGUUGAACAGGAGUUAUCGGUCUAAAUGAUGUAGACGGAUUUUCAUGUGUCCCAAAGGGGCUAUCCGGAGGAUACGAAAGGACAAAUGGGGCUGCUGCUGCUGCUGCUGCUGCUGCUGCUGCUGCUGCUGCUGCUGCUGCUGCUGCUGCUGCUGCUGCUGCUGCUGCUGCUGCUGCUAGUUAA